AUGCCUCAGAAAACAAGCUCACAGCCCCAACAGUCCGGCACAAAUUUCAAAGAAGCCUUCCAGCUCUUCGACAAGCGCGGCAACGGCCUCGUCGCCCUCGACCAGCUCGGCGACCUCCUGCGCGCCUGCGGACAGAACCCCACACUGGCUGAGAUAGCGGAGCUGGAGAAGAGUGUGGGCAACGAUUGUGAGUCAACCUUGCUCCAACGCAUAUCUGUGCAACCAGCCACUGAGUCGGAAGCGGAGGUGGAGAAGAGGAGGGAGAGAAGGCUAAUCUGUUAUGCACUGAAUGUAGUCGACUACGAGACCUUCUCCCGCGUGCUCAACCGCAAAGAUGGCUUCCGCGACCACGGGCUGCCGGAGGAGUACUGCAGGGGCUUUCAGGUGUUCGAUAAGGAUAUGACGGGCUUCAUUGGGGUUGGGCAGCUUCGGUACAUCCUCACAAAUCUCGGCGAGAAGAUGAGCGAUGAGGAGGUAGACGAGUUACUCAAGAUGGUGGAUACGAGCAGUGGGGAGAUCAACUAUCUCGAUUUCGUGCAAAAGAUCCUGGAGAACUAA